AUACAGGGCCCAUAAAGCUUAUAAUACAGCAAAUAUAUCGGAAUAAUGAGCUCAAUGUGUAUCGUUCGUAUCGCCUACGGUCGUUCGUGCGAUCGCGGUUGUUUUCGGCAAGGCCGCACGAUCAUUGGUGGACGACUCGUUGAAAGUAGGUUGUGACGUCACGAAAAAAGGCUAUAAGUAUAUGCCAAUCACGCAGGGACGCCACAAUUUAGUCAGUUCAGUCUCGAGAGAGGCGGCAAGAGUGAGUUAGUUGAUAGAUUGGCGCGCGCUCUACGCGAUAUAACUUUUAAACGUGUGUUUUAAUGUAUACCUUUAGUGAAAACAUGGCGAGUGAGGCGCAGAGACUGAUUGGAAUAUCUUUAACUAAAAUAGCCCAGUCGAGGUCCCAUCGCGGCGGUGUUAGUUUACAUAAAAAUCUGUUGGUGGCUACAGUGCUCCAGAAAGCGCGUUACAUCUUCAUGGAAGAAGCCUACAACAUGGUUACUUACCAUUCUCCAGCCCCAGUGCAACCUCGUCCCGUUCCUACUGAAGAUCUUAUAGGAUUAACCGCUGAAGAAGCCGGCGUUGAUCCAGUAGGUCCAGUAGACGACCUCCGUGAAACCCCAAGUGAAUCCAGUUCGGGUUUUAUGCAGCAACCUUGUGCUAAGUGCGCCGAAAACCAAGACAAGGAGAACCACCCGCCUUACCAAACGUCCGAACUAACGUACUUAGAUCUGGACAAAAGUUCGGCCGUGUUGAAGGAACGUAGCAAUUCGCCUUGUUUGAAACGUAGACGGGCCGUGACCGAGUGGGAGACGGAGGAAGCUGUUCAAUCCAUCUUGCCCAAACGUAGUCGACAGGAAGAAGAAGACGAUGUUUUUGUGGACGACGCAACGGUGCUAUCGAAUUCUGUGAACCGCGAGUUAGAGUCUGAGGCUAGCCAGGGUGAUUGUUCGAAUGGUCAGUCUGCUAUGGAAAUUGACAGAAUAACAUCCUUAGUUUCCAUAUUCAGUUUUAGUAUGCAGCAACAGGAAAGCAGCGGGAAACUCAACAGGUCCAUGAGCACUCCGGAUCUGUGUUCAACGCAGGCGAAAGACGUGGGUGACGCUAUCCAGCAACGACCAUUUUUGGCGAUGACUGUGUAAUCGAGCUAUGCGAUUAACUAGGUAAUUUUUCAUCACUGCCACUUCUUGACGGAUGAUGGUAAGGGAAUCCAUAGAAGACGGUGAAGGGUCACAGACUGCCGUUGCCAUUGGAAGGUGAACCAGAGAGAUUUCUACACGUACAACGAACAAGCAAUCCCAGAUUUUACAUGACCGUUUUACUACAUGUUUUUCAAAUUUCGGUACGUUGGUUAUGUUGUGAUACUUGAAUUUUUAAUAAAAAUUUAAACAAAAACGUCGAGUACCUUGUGAUAGAAAUAAUUCAUCCAAUUCUAUUUUUAUAAAGAUGAAGGUACUUGAAGCCUCCACUUUUUCCAUGUCAAACUAUUCAAAAAAUUAUACAUUCCAGGAUUUUGGAAACGUACCGAACUCGAAAAUUUUCCAUGGAAUUUGUGGUGGUUCAAAAGACUACUGUAAAAAAAUUGUAUAUAACUAUUGUAAUUUUAACUCUGUUUUAAGAGUAUUUAAUUUUAUUAUUGUAUAAAAAAGUCUUGAAUAUGCUAAACCAUAUGAUUUGAAAAUAAAUUUUUAAAUGUC